GCUCUGCUCUCGCUCUUUGUCUGGCUCCCCUACCUGGUCUUCCUUUUUCCCCUUCCUCCUCCUCUCUCUCUUUGAUCCGUCUCACGUAUAAAAGGCGUCCACUCCCCCCAAGGAUUUUGCCCUGCGUUCCUCGAUCACGUCUCCAUAUACCCAAUUGCACCCUUCAGUCUACUCUGCACCCUUGUUCCGUGCCCAUCCGUCUUAUACACGUCUUGACACACCAUGUCUACCCGAAAGCGCACCCGUGACGAAGAGGACGAGGAGGAGCUCGUGUCCCUCCCCGAAGAGGAUGAUGGAGAAGAGGAAGAAGAAUACAUCUCUACUGGAGAUGAAGAGGAAGGCGACGAUGACGACGCCGACGAGGAAGAAGAGGGAGUUGAUGAGGAAGAGGAAGAAGAGGAGGGCGACGGCGAAGCUGGAGAACAAGAGGCCCCAGUGAAUGGCGCCCAACCACCACACAAGAAGCGCAAGACCGCUGAGGAGGAAGACGUCGACAACGGCGAAGCCGCCGACGAGGAAGACGCGCAAGAAGUGGAAGAAGAGAAGGCCGCAGAGGACGAUGCCGAAGAGGCCGAGGAAGAUGAGGCAGAGGAAGACGCUACCGAGGACGCAGCUGAUGCUGCCGCCAAGGACGUCAAGGUGCCUGAGGUCCCUGCGGCGACAGACACACCGGAGCCCAAGGCUGUCACUGCUGGAGGCGACGAGUAAAGGAAACUGAAAAAAAGAGACGAACAUCUGGUUAGGUAGUCUUUGGAGUUGCGUGCACUGGGCUGCUGAAAAGGGCGGGAGCAGUUCCGUGUACUACUAGUAUGCUUGGCGAUUUGAUGACGGGCAUCUAGAUACCCAGGAUAAGGCAUGGAUUUGGAUGGGUAUAGCAGGCCCUCUCGGUCAUUUAGGUAAUGACUCGUAUCUGACGUUGCGUACCUCGCAAUUCUGGAAAUAAAGAAACGUAAUGCCCGCCGACGUGGACUCUUUUGUUUA